AUGGAGUUGUCUGUAAAUAAAUUUGGAUCAUCGCAAGUGACCAGUGAGUGUCAUACUGGACACUUGCUCUCUUUGGCUUCUGCCACUCAGACACAUUCUAGUAUCAUCUCUUGAACACUUUUUGAUAUUUCCUCUUCUCUGAGCAUGUCAGACAAUUUCCAAAGUCCAUCUUUGCUUGGAACAUCAAAUUCUCUGCAGCUCUCUCUCCCUGUGGUGAGCACGGUGGCUCCCCUAACAGGAAGUGUCUGCAACUUCUCUCGGGCCUCUGCACCAGCUGUCAGCUCGGCAUGGCUACUGCCAUCAGCCUCCAGCACCUCUAUGCAGCCACUCAUGGGGAGUGCCUACCUUUACCAGCAUUCUAGCACAACUACGUUGUCUGGAGUUUCUGGCCAGAGCCAGAUCUCCAAUCCCUCUGCCUCCUACCCAAGCAUUUUUGAGUGGGACAUCACAGCAAACACUGAAAAGAAGUCAUCAUCCCUCAAGGACCUUACUGUCACUGUCAUUGACCAAGACACUGCUAUUUCUUCCAUACCCAUGGCAGCUCAAUAUAACAAAGUUUCAGACGCCAAUGCCAUGGUCUCCCUCUAUCCGUCGCUAUCUGCUAGCCUUGUUCCAGGAACUCCAAAUCAGGGCCCUAGCUUGUCACUUCCCUACCAGGAAGGGAACCAGGUAUACUACUAUGAUCAAGGCACCCUAGGGUCCCUGAUCUCUGGAGAACUUAGCCCCUGCCUACAAUCCUAUGGCUCUGUGUCCUACACAGACAGUAGAGCCUCUAUCCCCCAACCGGAAAUGGUGAUGGUUCUCAAGGAGGUUCAGCCCACAAACGCCCCACCACCAGCCUCCACGCCUGGAAUUUACUACUCCAUGUCUGCUCAACCCAUCACAGACACGAGUUUUCAAGUGAUGGAAACCACCCUGGCGAUGGAGUCUUCCCUGACACUGCAACCUCCAAGCCAGGAGUUCUGUCUGCCACAGACUUCUGAAUUCCCCACGUCUUGCAGUAGCAGAAACAUCCAGAUCCUUGAAAGUCAUCCAGAGCUUGAGGAUAUGCCACUAAUAACUCAAAUCGAGAGUCCCGGUAAUCUCCUGGCCUUGCCUCCAGCUCCAAGUCAGGAGCAAACAGAGACCAAGGAUUUGGAUGAGAUUAAGGGCGAGCUUCCGAAAUCUCUGGCUGCCUACCAGAUCACGAUAGAAAAUCAAGAGCCUCCGCUGCUUCCUUUAGAGAUCCCUGAUAUCCAUCAACUUCUGGCCUGCAUUGAUCCCCUCAAUCAAGGGGAGCAGCCUGGUGUGGAGAAUGCGGCCCUGGAGGAAAACAGCCUGAACCUCGAGGACCAAGGGACACUUGGAAAUGGAUUCGAGUCCAGCGAUGGUUUUGCAGAUCUCGCGGCGCUGGUGGAGGACAUUCACCUUCCUCAGCUCUUCAAUUCCUUGAAAGACCUUGAUCAGUCCCAAGGGCCCAACGAAGCCCAAGCCAAUGACCCCAAAGCCAUCAAGGUGAGUCAGGUGCAGGAUGGGCCGAGUGUGAUGAAGGGUUCCUCUGACCAAGUCAGGAAGAGCAAGCACAAAGGCUCUGAACCUAUCCCGGGUACUCCCACGGCCAAAGUCCAAGCCAAGAGCCCAGAGGGAGAAGUGGUUGGUUGCAAUACAGAAGCCAGUGACGGGGCUUCUGGGGAUCCCAUCAAGCAUUCGAACAGCAAACCUCAGAAAGCUACACCCAACAAGAGCAGCAAAAGUAAGGGCCAUGGGCAGGAAAAGGUCAAACGAAACAGAGAAAACAACACCAAGAAAACUGAUGACAGUAAGCAGCCAGCGACCAAAGUCAAGGCAGAAGAAAAGCCAACGAUUCCUAAGUUGAAGCGGAAGAAAAACCAACCUGAGCUCAGCCAAGAGACCUUUAAGAAGCCUCGAAGCUGCCUGGGCUUGCACAUGCUGGAGUCUGUGCAGGUUUUCCAUGCCCUGGGGAAGAAGAGUGAUUCGAAGGCUGGGGUCUCUUCUGCUCGGACCCUGGGAAGUUCCAGCAACACCAAGGACCCCCAGCCACCCCCAGCCGUCAAACUGUGGCUGGGUGCCCCAGAGAAGGCUCAAGUCAAAGUCCAGAACCCAGAUAGCAUCGCAGAGAAACUGUGUUCAUCGCCAGCCCUGUAUGAGCUGCCGCCUCCUGGGAAGGUGAAAUUGGUCCCUUUGCCUUUUCCAACCUUGGACAAGCCCCAAGUUCGACCUAUUCCUCGGAAGCCACAGGCUCUUGCCUCACAACGGCCUUGCCCUCCUGCCCCUUGCCCUCCUGCCCCUUGCCCUCCUGUCCCUUGCCCUCCUGCCCCUUGCCCUCCUGAACCCUGCCCUCCUCAGCCUGCCUCUACUAACACAGCUCAACCAACGGCAGUUAACCCACCUCCGCUGGCGCCUGUCAAUGCAACCUGCCCAGGUCCUGCUAAAGCAGCACGGCCAACUCUGACCAACCCAGCCAGACCAGGUUUGAGCAAGCCUGUCCGGCCCAGUGUUUCUCAGGCUUGUGCAUUGAGGCCUGCAUCAUCUUGCACCUCUCUCCCUUGGGAGCAAGUUCCCACCACAGUGGUCAAGGCCAAGUCCCCGCCGAAACCUCCACAUCAGUUUCUACUCCAAGACUUUGGCUUUCAGCCCAUUCCAUGGAGGAAACCCAAUGUUCCUGAGCCAGUUAUGUCGAGUCCCAUCACGAAAGAGCAGAGGCCUGAGCGCGAGGCCAUGAAGAAGCACGCUCAGCAGGAACGCCAGAAGGCCGCCAAAUACACCUCCCUGGGGAGACUGCAGUUUUUCAUCGAGAGGGAGAAGGACAUGGCGAUGGCUCGAUACUAUGGUUACACAAUAUAG